UCUGAAAUGUCAAAGGACAGGUGUAAUCUGAAAAGAAAAAGAUACCAAAGCAAAAGGAAGAUAAACAAUUAAACAUGAAACAAGUGGAACACCGGCGGUUGUGGCAGCUGCCCCGCCUGCUGGUGGUGGUUGGGGUACUCAUAACCAUGGCGGAGCCAAGGACAUCACAAUCACCUGAAAGAAUUGCGAUAAAUUAUUGUAGUCAAUACAGACCUGUGGACGGAGAGAAUUUCUUGAGCAACCUUAACUCCACCAUUUCUAGCCUCCGCCAGCAGUUAUCCAUCAGCAGGUUUGCAGCAGCUCGUGGUUUGCUUAAUGGUGCACCAGUGUACGGCCUUGCUUGGUGCAGAGGAUAUGUUUCCAUCCCAGAUUGUCUGAAUUGUUUCAACUACGGUGUAGCUCAGCUAAACAGAUGUGGGGUUGCUAAUGGUGCUCAUGGUUUUUACAGCGACUGCGAUGUCAGAUAUGAAAACUAUAAUUUCUUCACCGAGUUUGAUGAACUGGAUCGUUACCUAUUAUGUGUUAACAAAACAUCUGCCAAACCAACAGAGUUCCAAAGAACAGCAAAAAGGUUGAUAUCUGACCUUCAAAUUGCUGCCCCAAGAACAUCGAACUUCUAUGCAGUUUCUACAAGGAAAUUAGAAGCUGGUGGUAAUGCUAUGGUGUAUGGAAUUGCUCAAUGUCAUUUAAAUCUAAGUCGGACUUCUUGUCUACAAUGCCUAAAGUGGAGAUCCAAAUCAUUAUAUGAUUGUCUUCCUAGAACUUCUAGUUGGGCAAUCGACUAUGGAUGCUUCAUGAGGUAUUCCACGACUCCACUUUUUGGACAAAACCAGACAUCUGAUCUUACAUCUCUUCUUUGGGAUGGAGAUUCAUACAAGAAGAAAUCCUUAAUUGAGGGAGUUGUUGGUGUAUGUUUUUUGUUACUCACACUUGCAUUUUUCUUAUGGCGUCGCAAAUCCAAAAACACAAGUAGAGACAAACAAGAUAUGUCAACUGGAUCAACCGAAUUGCUGCAAGGUCCAGCUAGUUAUAGCUACAAGGAUUUAAAAGUAGCAACAGAUAAUUUCAGUGAUGAGAACAAACUUGGAGGAAUGUUUGGAGAAGUAUACAUGGGAACUCUCAUGGAUGGGUGUGCAGUUGCAAUUAAGAAAACCUUUAUGGCCUCUAGUAGAGGAAAGAAACAGUUUGAUGAUAAACUUAAGAUCAUAAGUAAUAUACACCAUCGGCAUCUUCUACGUAUUCUUGGAUAUUGUACAAAAGGCACACAAUUAUUUCUUGUCCAUGAGUACAUGGAAAAUGGUAGCCUUGACCACUUCCUUUUUGGUGAGAAAAAAAGGAUUCUGAACUGGAAACAAAGGUUUGAAAUAAUCUUUGGUAUAGCAAGGGGUCUUUCAUAUCUACAUGAACAGUACCAUGUUCCCAUCAUCCAUACAGAUAUUAGAACCAGCAACAUUCUACUUGAUAGAGAAUUUCAGCCAAAAAUAGCAAAUUUUGGGCUUAUAAGACUGUUACCAGAAGAUAAGACUCAUCUCAGCACAAAAUGCUCAGGGUCUUUGAAUAGUGGUUAUGUAGCACCCGAAUAUGCAAUUUAUGGGCAAUUAUCUGAGAAAGUUGAUACAUACAGCUUUGGUGUGGUGGUCCUAGAAAUUAUUAGUGGAAAGAGAUACAAGGAUGUUGACUACCAAUUAGUCACUCAAAAUCUCCUUGAUCAUGCAUGGGAUCUACAUGAGAGUGGAACACAUUUAAAUUUAAUGGAUGAGAAACUAGAUCCUAGUGAAUAUGCAGUAGAACAUGCUGUGGAGAUCAUUAAGAUAGCAUUGAUGUGCACUCAACCACCAUCAACUAGACCUGCAAUGUCUGAAGUGGUUAUGCUUUUAAGUGAAAAAUCUCUUCAAGAAAGAGCACCAGUCUUGCCUACCAUUCUGGACGAUCAGGCGGAGAUUGAACUAGCUACCAUGGAAUCAUUGGCGACCAAUGCCACUGCCUCUACCUUUCAACUUUCAGGCAGUUGUGCAGCAGCUCAGCUGGCUUGA